CGGCUGGAACCCGCCCUCCCCCAGGUGGACAGGGUGCUCCCCGAUUGGCUGGCGAGGCCCCGCGUGGUGUCCCGCAGCAUCCGCCACCGCUCCGUGCCGACCUCCGACCUCCCCUGGCUCCACCCGCGCCUGUACUCCAAGAUGGCCGCCAACGGAAUCCACAGCCUCUUUCCCGUCCAGGCCCAGGUGAUCCCUGCUGUGCUGGAGGGGGCAGCGGGAGGGUUCAUUCUGGGGCGGGGGGGUCAGCGGCCCAGCGACAUUUGCGUUUCCGCCCCCACGGGCAGCGGGAAGACCCUGGCCUUCGUCAUCCCCAUUGUGCAGCUCCUCAUGGAUCGUGCCGUGUGCCAGAUCCGGGCGCUGGUUGUCUUGCCGACCAAGGAGCUGGCCCAGCAGGUGUGGAAGGAGUUCCGUGCCUACGCGGAGAGCGAGGGGCUCCGCGUGGCCCUCGCCUGCGGAGCUCAGAGGUUUGGAGAGGAACAGCAGAGCCUGGUGGAGACCACGCCGGAGGGGCUGGUGGUGUCGCGAGCUGACGUGGUGGUGGCCACCGCCGGCCGACUCGUGGACCACCUGGCACGGACACCCGGAGUCUCACUCGCACACCUGCGUUUUCUGGUGGUGGACGAGGCAGACCGCAUGAUGGACUCCCUGAGCCAGGAUUGGCUGAGCCAGGUCACGCGGGCCGCCAUGGGGGCGGCUCCUCCCAGCAUGCUGUGCGGCAGGGCGGCACCUGGGGUCACCACUCAGCCCGGGGGAUCGUGGCCCCCCCGAGCCCCCCUACAGAAGCUGUUGCGCUCUGCCACCCUCACCCACAGCCCCGAGGCCCGGCAGGCCCUGGGCCUCUUCCAGCCCCUCCUCUUCACCGCCAUCAGCGGGGGGGAGGGGGAGGGGGAGGGGGGGGACGGCCCCCCACAAGGCGUCCUGCAGGGGGGGGAGCGGUGCGGGGGGGAGGGCCUCUUCAGCUUCCCAGAGUCGCUCACCGAGUACUACGUCCCCGUGAGUCUCAAGCUGAAGUCUCUCGCCGUGCUGCACUUUGCCCUCCACCUUCGCUUCCGCAAGAUUCUCUGCUUCACCAACACCAGACAGGCCGCUCACAGACUGUACCAUCUGGUGCGGCUGUACGGGGGGGUGGAGGUGGCUGAGUUCUCGUCGAUGAUGUCGCCAGCGAUGAGGAGGAAGACGCUGAAAAGGUUUCAGGGCGGGGACCUCCAGCUGCUGGUGAGCUCUGAUGCUGCUGCCCGUGGGAUCGAUGUUCACUCCGUCACCUGUGUCCUCAGCUACGACUGCCCAGACUUCAUUCACAACUACGUCCAUCGGGUGGGGCGCACGGCGCGGGCCGGAGCGGUGGGGCUGGCCUACACCCUGGUGACGUCAUCACAGGUGCCGGGCUUUGUGAGGAUGCGAGUGGGUGCUGGGUGCAGCUCCCUGCACUGCCACACCCUGGAGGCCUCUCGCCUGCACCACCUCGUGCCCAGACUCCGCACAGCGCUCACAGAGCUCAAGCAGCUGCUGAAGGAAGAAGCUGAGACUAGGAGGACUCUGUGAAGGAUGAAGCCCACGUGGACGCUCGUGCCAGGCUAGGUGCAGGUCACAUGACAGACCCAGCAGGUGCCAUAGGUUGACUGCUGUGCCAGGCUAGGUGCAGGUCACGUGACAGACC